AUCGUCUGUUCGCUUGGUGAGUUAUUCUAACAGAUGUUUAAAUUUACUUCUGGUGUUUCUUGGUUAUAGAAUUGUUACAAGUGGUAGAACUUCUCUGACAAAAAGUUUCAAUCCUACUAAAAUUUGUAUACUUUUACAAAUGGACGCUGUAAACGGAGAGAAUAUGGGUGUGGAAGAUAAACAACAGCUGAUCACCCGUAAUCUGCAGGAGGUCUUGGGAGAAGAUAGACUGGCAGCUGUACUUAAGGAGAGAGACCUCAAGAUCUACUGGGGCACAGCGACUACUGGCAAACCACACAUUGCCUACUUUGUGCCAAUGUCGAAGAUAGCUGACUUUUUGAAAGCUGGCUGUGAGGUAACAAUUCUGUUUGCUGACUUGCACGCUUACCUGGACAACAUGAAAGCACCCUGGGAGCUUUUAUCUCUCAGGACUCAGUACUAUGAACAUAGCAUCAAAGCCAUGUUGGAGUCAAUUGGAGUGCCUCUUGACAAGCUAAAGUUUGUGCGAGGCACAGAAUAUCAGUUAUCCAAGGAAUACACUCUGGACGUAUACAGACUUAGUUCAGUGAUAACUGAGCAUGAUGCCAAGAAAGCUGGUGCAGAAGUCGUCAAACAAGUGGAACACCCAUUACUCUCCGGACUCUUGUAUCCUGGAUUGCAGGCUCUUGAUGAGGAGUACCUCAAGGUUGAUGCCCAAUUUGGUGGGGUGGACCAAAGAAAAAUAUUCACGCUUGCCGAAAAAUACCUUCCCAAUUUGGGUUACACAAAAAGAAUACAUUUGAUGAAUCCAAUGGUUCCUGGUCUGGCAGGAGGUAAAAUGUCAUCCUCAGAAGAGGACAGCAAGAUUGAUCUGCUAGACGCUCCGGCAGCUGUCAAGAAAAAACUGAAGAAGGCAUUCUGUGAGCCAGGCAAUGUAGAAGACAAUGGAGUUUUGGCAUUUGCCAAGCACGUGGUGUUCAGUCUCUUCAAGCCUGGGGAGAAGUUCCUUAUUAAAAGAGAUGCUGCUCACGGAGGAGAUCUGUCAUUUGACACCUACCAGGAAUUGGAAGACUCAUUUGCCAAGCAAGACCUUCAUCCUGGAGAUCUCAAGUCAGGGGUUGAGGACUAUAUUAACAAGUUAUUGGAACCCAUAAGGAAGAAGUUUGAAGCAGCAGACUUGAAGAAGCUCACUGAGAAGGCUUACCCACCUCCUAAGAAACAAACUGCAGCAGAUGAGAUAUUGCCACAUCGUCUGGAUAUUAGAGUGGGGAAGAUAGUUGAAGUGUCGAAGCACCCUGACGCAGAUGCUUUGUACGUUGAAAAAAUCGAUGUUGGUGACAAGGAGCCUCGCACUAUAGUGAGUGGGCUGGUGCAGUAUGUGCCCAUAGAGGAGAUGCAGGGCCGCAGUGUGCUUGUGCUGUGUAACCUCAAACCUGCCAAGAUGAGAGGGAUUGAGUCCUGUGGUAUGGUGCUUUGUGCCUCCCUAGAAGAAGGAGACGUCAAGAAGGUAGAACCUCUUAAUCCACCAUCUGAGUGUGCUGCAGGAGAGAGAGUAUUUGUUGAGGGAUACGAGACUGGUUCACCUGAUGAUGUUCUUAACCCGAAAAAGAAGAUCUGGGACAAACUACAAGUGGACUUGAAAACAUCAUCUACCUGUGAGGCUCAGUGGCAAAGCAAUCCCUUGGUCACCAAGUUUGGUAACGUCACCUGUAAAUCACUCAAAAAUGCUCCCAUAAAGUAAAUGAUUCUUUUUGAUUAUCAGUCAUGUGUACAAUAAGUUACAAUAUUUCUUUAUCUGCAAAACGGUCCAAAAAGAGGUUGCAUUAAAUUGUAUCACACUUUCACGAAUCAUGUAUUACAUGAGGAGAUUUACUUACUAUAUUAUUUAUUAGGUUUCUAAAAUCUAAUAUCAAGGGAUAAUAAGAUGUGCAGGAAGUAGGCUCAAAAAAAAUAAGUUAUAUUGGUUUUUCACGCAUGUAGGAUUGUUCACCAAUUUUAUUAUAUUCUACAUGUUUAUAUAAUUUUAGUACUCUAUCGUACUGUACUAAUAUCUAAAAAGAAAUCAUAAAAUCCAACAGAGCAGCCAGUGCAGGCUAAAAGACAAGGCAUAGUUCCCAUAAUAACCACUUUACUUUGUGUUAUUUUCUCUUUAUGAUUAAAUUAUUUUGAUACUAUUUUUAUUGGACCUGUGCUCACCUCCUACUUUCCUUACAGAUAAAAAUAUAUUUGAGUCUAAGAAAAGGAAAGUUACAAUGUUAGGGUUUUUUAGAAAAUAAGGUCCAAUGUGUUAUAAAGAAAUAAAUUACUAUGGAUUUUUCUCUACUAAUCGUUUUAUCUAAUUUUUUGAAUCUAUUUUCUGCAUAGUUCAAAUUUUUGUUUCAUUUAUCAUAACGUUCAAGCUUUUGUAUGUUGAAUUGCUAGAAGUCUGUGAGGAUGGUCAGUAAUCAACUGCUUCAUUCACUUAGGUAAAGAAGCAGUUAGUGUCAAGGUCAAACAGACAAUCUCAGUAGGUAAGGUUAUGGCAGUUGUGUUUUUAAGAUGGAUAAGGAGUCUUUAGUGGAUAGUUAGUUAAGUUUAUGCAAGAGGAUAGUAAAAAUGCAGCCACUUAUUGUACUAUUGAGAAUAAACUUAAGUCCGGAGGUUUGUUGCUGCAUGACAAUGUUAGAUAUAAGUCUUCAAUUAAAAUCCGAAAUGUAACAAAAUCUUUCGAAUGGAAACAGAUAAACCAUCCAUGGCACAGUGCAAACUUGGCACUGAGCAAUUUUCACUUUUACCGCUAUAUGUAGGAAUUUCUUAGCAGCCAGCACUUCGUCACAGAUGGGGUGAAAGGAGGAGUUAAAAACAAGUGGUAGACUUCUACGAUUUCAACCAAUUAAAGCUUGUAGAACGUUGUGAUAAAUGUUUAAAACAAUGAAAACUAUGUAAAAAAUAUAGGAUAUCUUAUUAAAUACAAACUUUUUGGAGAGUUUUCAUUUAUUUUUCAUAAAAUUGGAUAAUCUUUCCAAAUAAUCCGUAGUAAUUUAUCAUGUAUGCAGACUCAACUAAUUGCAAGGUGUAUGGUUGUCUUGCUCGAUAUUAUACUACAUAAUAAUUAUUAAUGGCAAUAUUUAGUAUUGUAUAUAACUAUAAACAUGUGCCUUUAUCUACUUAUGUUGCAGUUUUAAAUUUCUGUACAAGAAAUGUUACAUGUAAUUUGUUUAAAAUUUAUUUGUAUAACUUGUGCUGUUAUGUACUUUAUUUUAUUUAUUUAUUUUAAUUUUAUGAGGGCUGUCCUAAGAAAAAUGUCCUAAAAUGUGUACGAUCCUUAUUAGUUAUUAGUUCUAAAUAUUGAAUAAUGACAUUGUGAAGUGAUUGUGUUACGGACAAUGAUCUUCCUGCUACUUUCACCUCUUAGCAUCAGUCUUGUGGUUAUUCAUUGGCUUUAUCGUACAAUAUCAGAAUCUAUGGUUAUCACAGUGUUGAUCUAUCAACCAGUAGUUUUUUAUCAAGGCUUAUAAUCAUCCCUAACCCAUCCAAAUUUCUCAACAACGGUAUCAAAACUCAGCAGUAUAUUUUUUCUUAUGGAGAGGUUGAUUUCCCUUUUAAUCUCAUCUUCCCAAUUCCUAAGAGUCACUGGCCUGUGCUAAGAUCUUAUCAAACAGAAUAAGAGGAAGAGUCAGUCCAGGACAAGGUUAACAGUACUGAUAAAAGCGCAUCAGUCACAGACAGGAUUCACUAACCUCCGCUAUCUCUAACUCUCUCAGUCCUUUCCCUUAGAUUGCUCGGCCAUCAGCUCUCCCGAGUGAGUGACUCAACCCAGUCAUGUUUUAUAUACAAUUUUCAACUGCUGAAAAAUCAAAUGCUAAAUUUGUCCAUCAUUUUCAUAUUUUGAUAAAAUUUAACCUGUAACAUCCAAGUGUAACCAUAUGGUUACAGCAGUGUCUACAGUAAGAAUGUUCAUUCUCAAUCUUUAUUAUCUGGGCUGAUACAGGUUAAAAUAAUUUUUUCCUUUACCAGUUCCAAGAUUAUUACCAAAAAAUUAAAAAACUUUUAUGGCUCAAUGUUCUAUUAAAGUUAAAAAUCAUACUUUUUUGACAAUUCUGACAAGUAAUCCUCCAUCUGUCGAAAAACCCUUUUACUAGGAAGUAUUGCAUGGUGAAUAACAUUUUUAAAAGUAAUAAAAUUAUCAUUUACUUACAAAAUUGUUCAUUCAAAAAUAAAAUUAUUUGAUUUUUCAAUUGCAAAUUAAUUAAAUUUGUUUAGUCUUGUUCAGUUGUUAUGUACAUGAGUUUUUAUGAAAAGAUGUUUUAUACUUUAUUUUUUACUGUACAUUUGAUUAAGAAUAAAAAUGAUCAAAAUAUGAA